AAGCGCUCCGUUUGCGACCUGAAGACGCCAUUUUGCUUUCCUGUGCGUGCGUGUGCAACGCGUGUACGUGCGCGAGUGUGUGUGAAUGUGUGUAUAUCUAUGUGUGUGUGCGUGGGCGCCUGUCGGUGCAAAUACCUCUGUAGCUUCCAAACAUUCAACACUCCUCACAUCAGCUAAAACAGAACUAAAAUGUUUACACUUGGGCAACAGCUAGCGCGCUCCACACUGGACAAGUAGACAUGGAAACAGGGACUACGUAACCUUUAAUGGUCUCGACGAACGUCGUCGAAGUGUCAUCGGGUGGCAAUACAAGCUUCACAGUUGAGCAGCUCCCCAUCAUCAACCACUCAGGAUGAACGCCAACAGGAGACGAGAGGACUAUAAUCAUCCUCUCAAGAUUGCGCUGGAUUUUUCUCAUGUUUGACCUCAUCUACUGGAUAAUCAAUAAUGAUUCUUGGACUAAUCUCCCAGGAGUUGUACCAGCAGCUUCUGGACCCCAAGAAUUAUCAGAAUCGCACAAAUGGUGUGGAAGAGCUCAAACAAAUCCUGUCGGAAGUGAAUCUGGAAUUGGUUACUUCUGACAGUAUUGAAGAGUUCAUUAAUUUUCUCCCCAGACUUCUGGAUGACAGUAAUUUUAAAGUAUUGUGUGGCACCUUACAAGUUUUAAAUGUACUCAUUCAGAGAUUAGAUAGAAGUAUUGACAAAUAUGUCAAACAGAUUGUCUUGGUGGCCCUCAAGGCUCUAGGAGACACUCGCACCAUCGCCAGGAAUGAAUACAUGAACAUGUUUCAACAGAUGAUGAAAACUGUUGCCCCACAACUAGUUUUAGAUCUUGUCAUCGGAAACUUAAAACACAAAAAUUCCAGGGUCCGGGAGGAUGUUCUGAACAUUAUUAUUGCAGCCCUGCUGACUCAUCCGAGGAAAGAGUUCAACAUCCCAAAGCUUUGUUUUGAAGUUGCACCAUACCUAGCAGACAGCAAAAAGAAGGUCCGCCAUGCCGCCCUUGAGCUGUUUGCAGUUUUUGACUCCUGCUUGGACAUGGGGAAAAAACAGCCUCUCACGAAAGCAGUGGACAUGGUUGAGCUGAAUGAGGAGGCAGAGGGUCUUAUGGCAGCUGUACAGGCCAGACGAGCAAGGCACAUCCUCCCGAAGCUUUCACCAGAGGGUGUAGUGGAGUAUGGACUGGUAGUACCCAAAACAGGCUUGCGCUGCUCACCACAUGCUACUUCUGGAGCUGAUCUGGACUGGGUGAUGAACGGAGGACGGGUUAGUAGUGCAAAGAGUAAUAGAACUGAACCGGACUGUGAGCAACUGUAUGGCUACGGCAGCUUAGGCUCCCUCACUGACGAGCUUCCCUCACAACGGAGGAUUGUCAGCGCAGGUAAAGGGAAGAACAAACUACCGUGGGAGAUGUUGAGCUGUUCAUCGACUGAAAAUAAUCAUCAGUGCAGCUCCCCCAGUGGAAAGUGCUCCGAGCAGGUAACCAUUGAAGAUGUUGUUCCACUGUCCAGGAAGCUGAGUCCAGAGACCUACAUACCCACUUUUAGUUCUGCAGAACCACAGACACCCCAAACCUCCAGGAGAAGACUGUCUCCUGCCCGACUGAGAAGGAGCGGAAGCCUCAACUUAGACCCUGACAUAUUUAAAACCACAAACUUCACUGAAACAGAUAGUGCGUCUUCCAAAGGACUCAUGCUCUCAAGGAACCCCAGUGUUGAGCGCACGUUUUCUCUCCCAUCAAACCACAAAAUAUCAGGUUCCUUCCUGCUACCUUCCUACCCUCUGGCUGCACUCCCAGGAGGCAUGAUCACUCCAAAACUGCCCCGUCGCCAUGCCGACUCGUCCCUCUCUAUGUCCAACACCUGGCCCAACAAGCGAGAGAGCAGCCCUCAACAGCGAGACACCAGCUCCGGGAGGGACACAGCAGUACAAGAGGACCUCUCUAACAGAUGCUCUCUUCGGCCGAACCGUGCCUCCCUAAAGAGUUCUUCUUCAACAUUGUCAUUCCGCCGGGCCCUGAACAGUAAUAGGACAACCCUCUCCAUUUCACCAGUCACUCCUUCAGGAGAGCAAACCCAUUUUUAUGACCAGAGGUCCAAUGCACAGUGCAACCCUCAGAAUCAGCAUCGGGAGAGGGACCUUCACCUGGAGCCUGUUAGCUUUAACGCAACACAAGAUAAUCAAGAGGAGGAUCCUUUGGACAUGCAGGAGAUGUUGAACUCUCUGCGUUCACUACGAAACAGUGCUGCUAAGAAGAGGGCCAAAGUGAGCAUUAGCAGUUCAGACCCAGACCAGGACAGCUUGGAUUCUGUAAAGUUAGACAUGAGUCAGGACUCAACUGUGCACACCUCUCCCAUACUGACCAGCUCAGCCAGCGAGAGUGGUCUUUCCAGUUUGAGUCUCACCAGCUCCAGCGUCUUUGGCAUGAAAACAAGUCCUGGAAGCAUAGCCUCCCCAAGGGUGAAACCUCGUAUUGCAAGAGUGCCCUCUGCAAAACUGAGGUCUUCUGUGUCUAUGGACUUUAGCAGCCUUCCAGGAUUAUCACAGAGGAACGAUCUGUCAUAUGAGGUGGGUGUUGUUGGGCAGAGAGUCACUUAUUCCAACGGAACUUUUAGAGCUAAUGAGGACACAACAGUACCAUCCCCUCCAUUGGUCAAACCACCGUCAGGUGAAUCAUUCAGAGCUCUAAAGGCAACUAGAGGAACUCGGAGCAAUGGAAGCAGGAAUUCGCCAGCCACAGACAUUCCUGAAGGAGUCAUUGGAAGAGGAAUGUUUGGUACUGCACUGUCCUCCCCUCGUUCAGGCUUGUCACUCGAGCAGGGUGAUUCAUUGGGCAAACCCCCCUCUGAUCCCCCGGGAGUCCUCCAUGUUCUUUCUGGCGAUCACAUGUCCCAUGAUGACGGUCCAAGUGCUGAUGAGAUGACUAAUACACGGUGCAGCCGGGAUAGGAUCCUGCAUCUGGAUCAACUCGAGGGGCAGUCCAGUCAUAGGGACAAGAUUCGGCACCGUGUCAGACAGAUGCUCUCCGACUCACCCACUGAAGAGAGCAUAAAUAUUAAAGAUCUCCAUCUGAACGGGAGCACAAUCACAUCCUGUACAGCAGACCUCACCUCAGAUGGGUCCCCCAUAAGCCCCACCAGCUCGAUCAGUCCACCUGGACCCCACAGCCCCAUCAAGUGCCUCACUCCACCCCACCAACCAAGCCCCCCGACAGUGCCUCCCAAUUCCCACAACCAGUCCCGUGUGAGGAGGGCACCAAGCCUCGGCAGGACACGACCCUCGCUGUCCCACAGCUCAGACGAGCUAUCCUCUGCUACUCUGGGCCACAAGAAAAACCUCUCUCAGCCUCCAGAACUGUGUCCGUUUUCCAAACCUGACCUCGCACUGGUGCAGAGCUUUGACUUGCUGAGCUCAGAUCACUGGGAGAAAAAGAUUGAAGGUCUUAAAUUCCUGCGCUCUCUGGCUCAGUACCACUCAGACGUUCUCCAGGGCAGGCUUCGUGAUGUCUGCCUAUCUCUCAUUCAAGAGGUGAAGAACCUUAGGUCAGGUGUGUCCAGGGCUGCAGUGUGCACACUGGGUGAUCUUUACAUCCACCUGCAGAAGGCAAUGGAUCCGGAGCUGGAAGGCACCGUUAAAGCCUUGCUACACAAGGCGGGGGAAAGUAAUGCCUUUAUUCGGCAGGAUGUUGAUGCCGCUUUAGACUGCAUGGUGCAGCACUGCACUCCCACCCGAAGCAUCCAUGCUUUACUGUCCGGGGGACUAAGUCAUCUCAAUUCAGUGGUAAGGAAGUGCACAGCCCAACACUUGGCCAGUCUGGUGGAAAAGGUCGGUGCCGCUCGCCUCCUCUCUGGGGGUAAAGAUUUAACUGAAAGAAUCUUACCUGCAGUCAGCAAGCUGGCGCAAGACUCCUCACAGGAAGCAAGAUACUAUGGCCGUAGAAUGCUGUUGUCCCUGUCCUACCAUCCAGACUUUGACAAGAUCCUGGAAAGAAUUAUUCCAUCAAAAGACCUGCAGACUACCAGAGACACCAUCUUAAGUCUCAAGACCAAGGGUCUUGGUGAGAUGCCCCAGGACACCCAGUCAGCCAGAGGCAGACGUUCCCUCCCAGGGAGUGGUACGGUCCGAGCUUCAUCUCUCACAAGAGAGCCAUUCAACCACACCAUCAGAAUGGCCAACAGCAAUUACAGCAGCAGAUCUCAGACGCAGAGUGUUGCAGACAAGAAUGAAUACAUCAAGCAUGUAACAGGCCUGCUGGGGUCAAAGGACUUCAGAGAGAGAUUCAAGGGCAUGGACCAGCUAGUGGCCGACUGCCAGCACCACCCCAACAUCGUCAUCCAUAGCUUAUUCCCGGUUUUCGAUGCCUUCAAGGGAAGGCUUCAGGAAUCCAACAGCAAGGUCAACCAGUACGCCCUCGAGUCGCUGCAGAAAAUCAUCCCCUUGAUGAAGGACAACUUGUCUCAAGUGGUCAACAUUCUUGUCCCAGCCAUUGUGGACAACCACCUUAACUCUAAAAACAACGCCAUUUACUCUGCUGCUAUUGGCACCAUCAAUGCACUUAUCCUCAAUCUUGAUAACAUCCUCCUCCUUCAGCCUUUCUGCACCAAGGCUCAGUUUGUAAGCGGUAAAGCCAAGGUGGAUCUUGUUGAGAAGGUUGCAGAUCUUGUGACCGAGCUGUACCCUCGCAAGCCACAAAUGGUAGAGCAGAAAGCGCUGCCCUUGCUGUGGCACCUCCUAGGCACAUCGAGCCACAGCGGCACCGUGCACGGCCGAGGAGGCAGCGUGCGUGCCGCCACCGCCAGUCUGUGCCAAGCUCUUUACGCACAGAUGGGGCCCGGCCUGAGCGAGUGUGCUGCAUCUCAGAACGCCACCAUCCAGAAAGGGGUAAACGAGGUUCUGAGAAGCGUGUCCAAAAGAUAAGGUGGAUUCCGAGAAAAUCCUAAAAGACUCAACACUGACCUUACUUGAAGACAGAGAUGUUCUACAUUUCUUAGUGCCUGCACUUUUAUCCCUAUGAAGAGAAGUCCUUGUUGAUGAGGAGCUUUUUACUCUUUUUCUCAGUGAUAUUUCUUCCUCUGGUACAGAAGUUCAGACAUGCUGACAUCAGGUCCCACAUACACAACACUGCUCUCUUUGCACAUUGACAAGGUAGCUCAUUAAGAUGAUUACAUGAAGUCUGUGUAGGCUCUCAGUCGUACAGGAGUUGUCCAUCGAGGAAAAGGCUUCUUGAGACGUCAUCUGUUCUUCUGUGUAGAAGG